CAUUGGAGACAGGGUUCUUGUCUGCAACUCAAGACCAGGAGUUCUCAAAUAUAAGGGAUACACUGAUUUUGCUAGCGGCUUCUGGGCUGGCGUUGCACUUGAUAUGCCCAAUGGAAACCACAAUGGAACAUUCAGAGGUGUGAAGUAUUUUACAUGUGAGAAGAGCUGCGGGGUUCUGGUCAGACCCGAAGACAUUUCUCAUCUGCAUAGAGACCAUUGUAAUGAUGCAUGUACAGGCAUGGAUGAAGAUACAUUCUCAGAUGAGGAUCCCACCAAUAACCAAGAUGGGGAAAAUGGGAAUAAACCUUCCAGGAGGGGGCAAAGAAGGCAAAGUGGCAGACAUAGCUCUCCUAGACACGGUUCAUUAGCACCAAAACAGACAUUCCAGCAGGAGCCAUGUGAAAAUGAUGAAGCCACAGACAAUAAGUUACCAACUUUUUCAACAUCCAGUGAAAAAACACCAUUAAAAAUUGAUUGUACAAGCCAACUGGAUGACUCUGAAGCUCUGAUAGAGAGAUUAACUGAGGAGAUCUUUGCAGAUGCUUUAAAGAAUAUACAGGGAAUGGGGUCAACACAUUAUGGUAAACCAAAGGAAAUUAAUUUUAAGAAAAAAGAAGCUGUCAAUGUGAUUAAAAAACCAGGUCUGAUGGAUAAGUGGCAACAGGUGUAUCCAGCAAAUCCACCACAAAUACGGGUCAAACCUCAUGAACACAGAAUUGUGUACAGACUGGUUGAUGACACGGUUGAGACAAUCUGUGGCCAGGCAAAUGGAAGUGCACUUGAGGCUUGUGAAACACCAAACUACUUAGUAGAUGAUGAAAGUCGCAAAACCUACAGGCAGGUCCUUUUCCAGUUAGCAUCUGAUAUUCUGCACAAGAUUUGUGCUGAUAUAUUGGAAGUGAGUGGUCCUUUUCAGAAAACAAUGCACAAAUCAAUGAUCUCACUUCUACAGACAAGACAAAUUUCAGUCAAACUUUUAAAGAAUGCAGUUAAAAGGGAAGCACAGAAAAUUCUUAAUUUGGAACACACUGAUCAAGAAAUGACAGAGAUUCUGCAAACGCUGUGCAAAUACUGGUAUGCUAAGAGGGACAGAGUGGACUACAUCCUGAUUCAAGAGCUUCACAAUGAGGAGAAGGAGUGGGUGGAUUACAGCAAUGACCAGAUCACUGUGAAAAUGCGACUGGCCAAUGAGAUUUUCAGCCUGCUUCUGGACGACACUAUAUCAGUUCUUAACCACAUAUAUAACAGACAAAAAAUUAUAUAGAUUUGGCAUCCAUAUCAUGUCUUUUGGAAGAUUACACAAAUUGUCACAUUUUGACUUUUUGAUUUAGGUAAAUUCUGUGUAUAAUUUUAAAAUAGAAACUAAAUAAAGGG